AUGGUGAAUUCCACCAUUGUUGCAAAAAGAUGGAAACAAGAGAUUAAAGGCCAUUUGGAUUGGAAAACUAACCAGUUUUUAGCUAAAGUGUGCACUGAUGACCAUUACACCAUAAGUAAGAAGCAAGCUUGGAGGGUUUUAACAAAGGCUAAAUGUGAAAUAAAGUGUGAGGUUGAGGACUAUUUCAACAGGAUUUGGAGCUACUGCAAAGAGAUAGACAGAUCAAACCCUAAAACUGCAUAUUCAGUGAAGUUGAGUGACAUGCUUGAGGAUGGAAAAAAAAGGUUUAUGAGGAUGUAUAUCUGCUGGGAGGCUACUAGAGAAGGCUUUAAGUAUUGUAGAAAAAUCAUAGGACUAGAUGGUUGUCACUUGAAAACCAAAACAGGGGGGCAAUUGUUGACAGCAGUUGGGAUUGAUGCAAAUGAUAGUAUAUUCCCAAUUGCUUAUGCAAUUGUAGAAGGUGAGAAUAAAAUCUCUUGGGCUUGGUUUUUAUGGUUGCUAAAGAAAGAUUUGGAGAUUGAUGCUAGCUUAGAAAAUGACUUGACGUUUAUGUCAGAUAAGCAGAAGGGGUUCAUAGAAGCCUUUGAAGGUACUAUGCCUGGUGUUACACAUAGAUUUUGUGUUAGACACUUACACUCCAACAUGAGGGUUGCUGGUUUCACAUCAAAUCCAGUCAAAGACAGCUUGUGGAAGGCAGCUAGGGCCUGUACAGUGAACAGUUUUAGGGCAGCAUUACAAGAGUUAAGAAUUGUUGAUGAAGGAGCAUUUGCUUGGCUUGCUGAUAAGCACCCAUCAGAGUGGUCUAGAUCCCACUUCACAACAACACCUCAUUGUGACAUCCUGGUAAACAACAUUUCUGAGUCUUUCAAUGCCAUGAUCUUGGAAGCAAGGGAAAAUCCUGUCAUUAAUUGUUUGGAGUUGAUCAGAAAAAAAUUAGCUAUCAAGUUAUUUGAAAACAAGAGUAAGGCAGCAGAAUGGAAUGGGGUCAUUUGUCCAACAAUUGUCAAGAAGAUAGAUGAAAUUGAGAGGCAAGUAGGAGGGUUGAUUGGCUAUCAAUGUGGUCCCAUGCUGUUUGAAAUAAUAGGGACAGUUUCUGGGCAGUUCAGUGUAGAUUUAGGAAGCCGUCGUUGUUCUUGUAGGAAAUGGGACCUAAUUGGAAUUCCCUGUAGUCAUGCAGUGUGUGCAAUAUGGAUGAACCAUGGAAAAGGGCCAGUUUGGCAUUAUGUGGAUCCUGCCUACUACAUUUCCACCUAUUUGAAAACAUAUGAGGGUUGUAUCAAGCCUAUGGCAGGUUUUGAGGAGUGGCCUGCCACAAAUAGGGAACCUCCUUUGCCACCAGUGUACAAUGCCAAAAGCUGGAAGACCUAG